UGGACAAUCGCCGGGGUAAUAAACUCCAUUACUAUACAUUUCAUUAGUGACUCUUAUGGGGUUGGCCGUAACUUCUCUCUCUCUGUCUCUCUCUCUCUAUAAACAGGAGUAGUAGGCGAUACGAUUAGCCCUUUCUCUUUCUCUUUUUUCGUGCCCUCAAAAAUUUUCAGCUUCCCCUUUUCGACCUUCUUUCAAUUCCUAUGCGAAUAAAUAUUGUUUAACUAAAUACAGAGAGAAAGGAGAUUGAGCUGAGCUGACUCAAUGUUUCCGAGAUUGAUUCAACCACAAGGGGAAGAUGAAUAUAAUAUGAAUGUUGGGAUUCAUCAUACUCAUAAUAUUAAUGGAGAUCCUUGCCUUGUGCUGACGUCAGAUCCGAAGCCUCGACUUCGUUGGACUGCUGACCUUCACGAACGCUUCGUUGAUGCUGUUACUCAGCUUGGCGGUCCCAGCAAAGCUACGCCAAAGGCGAUAAUGCGGACAAUGGGUGUCAAGGGACUGACCCUCUUCCACCUAAAGAGUCACCUUCAGAAAUACAGACUAGGUAAGCUAUCUCAGAAAGAUCUCGGUGAGGCUUCAAAAGAUGGACUUACAGCUACAUAUUCAUUAGAGAGCCCUUGUUCUGGUGGUACUCCUCAGCAGUUGCCGGCAUCGGACUUGAAUGAAGGUUAUGAAGUCAAGGAGGCAUUGAGAGCUCAGAUGGAAGUGCAAAGUAAAUUGCACCUGCAAGUUGAAGCUGAGAAGCACUUGCAAAUUCGGCAGGAUGCUGAACAAAGGUAUAUUAGCAUGCUGGAGAAGGCCUGUAAAAUGCUUGCUGAUCAAUUCAUUGGUGGUGUAGUUACUGAAAAUGAUCAAGAGACUUGCCAAGGAUUAGGAACAAGGACACAAGUUAGCCCUCUUUGUAAUCCACUUGGAUUAUGCCCCUCGGAAUCUGCUGAUCUUGUUGGAAUCCAUGGUCCAGAAGAAGUUUCCCCCAGAAUCCAUCCACAAUUCACCGAUUGUUCCACUGAAAGCUGCUUAACUUCGCAUGAGAGUCCUGCUGGACUUCCCCUAGAAGGAACUUCACCUGGAGGAAGAAAACGAGGGCCGAAUGGAGAUUCAACACAUGCAUCAGUUGUUUGGGGUGAAGCAGAUAUGAUAUCGUCAGGUGUUCGUCUGCUUCAAGUUAAUCGCUUUGGGAUUACUAGCUCUAAUGUUCAAAAUGUCUCUUCUUAAGAGAUUAGUGCUGAGUUUAUCUACAGCCAUUGAUUCUCAAACUGCAUAUUGCGGUUUCUGGGAAUACUGAUGGGCCUUGGACUUGUCAAGUUGUAAAUGCAAGCUGAUGACUUUCUAACUCUAACUGCGCCCCCUGAACAUUAAAUCCUAAAAAAGGAAGAAAAUUGAGAUGCGAGUAAUGCUUUAUAUCUUGCU